AUGACUUUAGACCUGGGCGGGGCGGAUCUGGCGAGCGUGGAAACGUUUGAAGCCCUGACGCUCGCUCUGACCGAACCCCUGAUCUGCACCCUGGCCUUCACCCUGGCCCUCAGCACUUGGGACAGCGGAUCCGGUAGGAGCUGGGAUGGGGGCGCUGGCAAAGCUCGACUGGCUGCCGAAGCCACCACCAAAGCCACCGCCAGUGGUGCCAGAGGGAACACUGGAGGGAGGACCAGUAGGAGCAGGGGCGUCAUCGCCGUUGCUACCAGAGCCCUGGUCGCUACCACCAAUGCGGCUGACACCCCCGGAAGAGCUGUCAGACGCACUGCUAGGUUCGGCAGCACCAGAAGGCGAAGUACCGGAGGGGAUGGUGCCAGAAGGACGUUGACCACCACCCUCAAAUCCUCCAGAAGGCUGGGCGCCGGAAGGUCCACUGCCAUGGUGACCAUGGUGACCGUGGUGGCCAAAUCCACCACUAGGGGAAGCUCCGGCAGCACCACUGGGGGAAGCCCCGCCGCCAAAUCCACCGCUAGGAGCAGCACCACUUGGGAAAGUGCCGGUGGGCUUAACGCCGCUUGA